AUGGCACCUUGGCUUCGUGUAUUAGAGGCCUAUAUGGUCCAGGCGCUCCUCCACAGUCCAACGUUCCACCGGCAAGUCGAGAAGGUGGCAAAGAACGUGCAUCGCAUACGGCAUGGCAUACCACCCGAAGAGAUGGGAGGCACGAAGAUAGAUCAGCCCGGACAGUCUGGUCUCGUUGGUCAUUUCUUCGAAGAAAUCAAAACCCAGCUGGGGAACGAGACGAAAAGCAUAAAUGGUGGCAGCGGGCAGGCGGGUGUGAACAUGGACAGUAGAGCUAUGGGACACGGAGGGGUGAAGAGUCAGGUUGAGCGGAAGGCAGCAUAUGUCGAUGAGAUGAAUGCUGAGGCGGCGUGGAAGGAUGCGCAGCAGAGUGCGACGCAGCCACCGAAGCAGGGUUUCCUCAACGAGUAUACAGAUGCUCUGAGGCAGCAGAUGGGAGGAGGAAAUAAGAAGCCCUGA